AUGACACACUUUCAGAUCAAAAUCGUUUCCGACAUCAUCUGUCCCUGGUGCUACGUCGGCAAAGCCCGUCUCGAGCACGCCAUCAAGCUUUAUAAAGAUGCCAACAUCCCCGGCAGCGCAAACGACACCUUCACCGUGACCUGGCACCCGUUCUAUCUCGACCCAUCACUACCCAAGACCGGCGGCGUCGACCCUAAAGCCUAUCUUGCCAAGAAGUUGGGUGGCGGCCCCGAACGCAUCGCCAUGGUCCACGCGCGCCUCAAAGCCAUCGGCGAAGGCGAAGACAUCAAGUUCUCGUUGAACGGUCGGAUCGGCAACACCCGCAACGCGCAUCGGCUCAUCCAGCUGGCGAAGACAAAGUCCAACGAGCUCGAGAAUAAGACUGCUGCGGCUCUGUUCCAGCUACAUCACGAGGAAGACGGCGAUGUGUCGUCAAAGGAAUAUUUGAUUGCUGCUGCCAAGCGCGCGGGCUUGGAUGCGGCCGAGGUCGAGAGCUGGCUGCUGGAUGAUGGUGAUAAGGGUGGUGAGGAGGUUGAUCGCGAGGUUGCGGAGGCACAGAGGAAGGGAAUCCAUGGUGUUCCGAACUUUAUCAUCAAUGGGCGGUCGGAACUCAGCGGGGCGCAGGAUCCGGAGACGUUUGUCCAGGAGUUCUUGCGUGUAAAGGCUGCUACUACUGGUACUUCGGAUGUUAGCGAGAGACCGGCCGAUGGGCCGAGUUGUUGA